AUCACGUUAUGAUGCUUUGGUUUGACACCAUCUGAAAGGACACAAAGAGACGACACUGUAACGCUUUGGUGUGACGCCGAAAAGAAGCAAAGCAAGAGACGAGCGUUAAAUGAGCCCUCCUGUAAUAUCUUUUUUGCGUGGGGGAAAGGGUAACCAGAGUAACAAAGACUUGUCUCUGAUUUAUUUCUUUUUUUUACGUACGUGCAGUUUCUUGCGGCACACGCCAAGAGUUUCUUCGCAAUAUUGCGGUGCAGUUCGGACACAUUCGGCUGAGUUUAUGCAUCUGUCUCUCGUCCCUGCUCCGUGACACGCCGUCAAGAUCUUCUCCACUUGACUGUCAAAGGGUGAUGCUCGCUCCAGUUGGCCGUGAAUUGAUUUUAUCUUUGCCAUUCUUCUUGGACUAACUUUUUCUAAGCAAUAUGGAAGAACGUAAGCUCUUCUUAAACAUGAACUACAACAAGGAGGGUCCCACAGUGGCCUUCUCCAAAGACAAACCUUUGGAGAUGGAGCCUAUCCAGAGCCCAUUAAGCUACCAACUGCCUCAUCCACCAUCCUUUCCGGCCUCUUCUGACGAUUUGUCCGCAUCAUCCUCCUCGGCCAUUUUUCCGGCUGCCAGCCUGUUCAAAUUAUCCUCAACAGACCUGAGAGGAAAACCUCAGGUCUCCCGCAAGGUUGCGGGGGAUGCCAACAUCUCUGAGCCAGACUCAAGGCUUGAGUUGAAUCCAUUGAUGAACACAAAGACCGAGACAGCAGACACCCAGCCCGCAGGUGGAUUCUCAAAUGAGCAAAAUGACCAACAAACACCCCAUCCGACAGACCCCAUGACAGAGAACCGAUGUAGAGAGCACUCUAAGGCCCCGCAAGAGUUUCAGAGCAAGGUCAAUCAAACCACGCGUAGUGAGGAGCACUGGAGUUUGGGCGUGGCCGGCACAGCGGGACGAGAAGAUGCAGACCUGACAUCCGAGAGGACAUCCGAAGGCGAUGGAUGCGGUGCUCAUGUGAGAAGACGUCGGUGGAGCUCCAUCGUGUUUCCAGAACAGGGGCGGUCCAAUAGAGACGGCAUUCCCACCUGCGCUAAUAUGAAAAAGGCGGCGGUCCUGCCAAACAAAUCGAGUGCUGCACAACGGCGCGGAAUGUAUGGUGCCGGGAUGCCGGACACAUCCUUUCAGAAUUACUGGAUCUUCUUGGCAGGCCUGGUGCUUUAUUUGUUGUCCACCGUGCCCUUAGCCUCUUACGUGACCGGUGUGUCAGUGGGGGUCGUCUGCGGAUUCAUUGUGGGCUUGGUGCUCGCCUUUGUACUCGCUGCCCGAUGCUCCGGCUCCACGCGAAAAUCGUGCUACGCCAAGCCCACGAAUAGACAACCACUGGAUGGCCAGCCCACGGCAGCAGAAACCUUUGAGGGUUGGCUGACUCAAACAGCGAGCUACAACACGGAGACCUUCUACCGCUCUGCCAGAUAUCCCGUCUUUGCGAGCCUGGCAGGCAGUCGGCUGCGGCUGUCCUACCAGCAAGCAUGCGAUGGGCCGACCCAAGAGAGCACCUGCUGGCCUUUGCGUACCUACCAGCUGGCAAACUCCCGGGUAACUCUCGCACCUCCCGGUUUGGCUCGGAAGAGGCUCUGGAACAAGAAAUACCCCAUCUGCAUCACUCUGGCUGAGGGGGAAGUUGGGGAGGAGAAUGUGGAGGAAGGGCAGGAGGGAGAGGGGUCAAAAAGAAAUGCUGCCAUCCCUGAGCAUAACGCACCUCCCGUUACUUUCUACCUGUUUGCCCGCACGGGACGAGAGAAGGAGGAGUGGUUUGAGAACCUCCGCUCUGCUUCCACCCUUGGCACCACAAUCUCUGACAUCACAGUCUCGUCAUUUCUCUCACUCCUGACACCUAUGGGUGGAGAUGCUGAUGAAGGCAGCAGAGAGGAGCAUCCUAACCUCCCAGAGCCAAUAUGGGCCAGAAAAUUGCUGGACUACACAGCCGACAUGACGCAGCUGGUUGACUCGGACGGUUGCGGACGCGUUCAAGACUCCGACGCUGCUCAGAAAAAGACGCCGUCCAAUGCCACCGAAGGAGCUCGAGCCGAGUCAAGUGCAGAUUGUGAAGUGGAGCAAGACCCAGCGGGGGGCCAAACCGCCUGGAUGAAUUCAAUUGCGGGCAGGAUCUUCUGGGUCUUUCUACAUGAUCAAUACUGGGCCAACGUAGUUGCCUGCAAGAUCCAGCAGAAACUGUCAAAGUUCAAGUUAAAGUACUUCAUGAGCGAGAUGACCCUGGUGGACCUGGACAUGGGCACCUGCUUGCCUCAAAUUCUCAGCAUCUCCAAACCUACACUGGACAGCAGAGGUCUGUGGCUGGACCUGCAGAUCAUGUACAGCGGCUGCUUUCGAAUGACCCUGCAAACCAAGAUCAACCUGAGCAGACUGGGGAAAGAGGAUCAAGACGAGGCUCAGCCAGAACGGUUGUCUAAACUAGCGGACAGCGAUGAAGAGUCAUCCGGUGUCGAAGACGAUGUCCUACCAGCUGAGCCGCAGGCGUGUGGGUCAGAGACGGCAGCGGCUGCUGCUUCAGCUGACAUGAACUCAGCAGGCAGCACCAGUAGGAAGAUUCUGAAUGUUAUGGACAAGCUAGCAAAGUCCAAAUAUUUCCAGAAUACAGAGUACAUCAGGAAGAAAAUAGACGAGGUGACAAACAUGCCUCUGAUGCUCACCGUAGAAGUUCUGGAACUCUCCGGAACUCUGGCCAUUAACAUCCCGCCUCCCCCUUCUGACAGGAUCUGGUACAGUUUCCGGGCACCUCCUAAGUUAGACCUUUGUGUGCAUCCCAUGCUUGGGGAGAGAGAGGUCAACUUCUCUCAAGUCACAGAGUGGAUUGAGAGAAAGCUCAGAGCAGAGUUCCAGAAAUUGUUUGUCAUGCCCAACAUGGAUGAUUUCUUUGUGCCUCUCAUGACAUGGCCCGUUAAGCCAUUCGCACCCUGUUAAGAGUCCACUUUAUCACCAGCCAUCCCCCAUGGAGACCUACCAGCGGUGGAUAAAAAUGUUCAUUGGCUGCUCUGAUGUGAAUGAGUAGCCAUUUUUCAGUGAUGAUUCUCGAGGAUGGUCAUUUGGCUGCACUUACUUAUUAUUAAUGUAUUGAAUCAGAUUUUUUAAAUCAGUGAUUUUUAUUAUCAGCAUUUACGAGGGAGUGAUUGGGAGAGAACCCAACCCCAGAUAUUCAUUGGAAAAGUCCUAUGCUGAGGCUGGAGUGAUAUCUCAUCAAAAAAAAAAACGCUGAACAGAAAUUAUGCUUGUCUGACAUGUCCAAAGCAAGAUG